AUGAUCCAAAUCUGUCACCCAACCGCUCCAGCAACAGGCCUUCCUGGGCACUUAGUUGCACCUGUGAGGCGAACACCCAAGGCGAUGAAUCCACCAUCCGCACCAAAUCCCGCAGGGGACGCUGGUGUGCUCCCAUCGUUCAGCAGCCUCAGCAUUCAAGACGCGCCAUCACCACCAGGGGAGGAAGAGUUGGUUGUCAUGAGCAUGUCUCGCGAAACCGCCAUGAAGACAGUAGUUCGCUCGGUGCUUGCCCUUGCUAAUGCUGCCGGCGAGAUUCCCGCGACACCACCCUUGUCACGGCCUCACACCCCUCAAGGGAAGGAAUAUGUUCCGGGCACGCGUCUGCACAAACGAACAGCGUCUCGACCAGCAACGCCCAUACCAGCGGAGAGGGAGCGAACAUCCACGACGGUUCUGGAGCAGUCUGAAGCGCAUCACGAUGAACCUAUCAUCACGGAUAUUGGUGCAGGAGCAGAGCCGGAAUGGGUGCAGCGAGCAAACAUGGCCCGCAAGUUCUUCUCAAAGUCAGUCCCAAAAGUCAGUCUGGAGGACUAUUGCAACCGCAUACAGCAGUAUUGUCCCCUGUCGACAGGAGUUUGGCUAGCCGCUGGCUCCUACAUACUCCGUCUGUGUCUCGUUGAGAAGUACGUUCCACUCACACACCGUACGAUGCACCGAUUAGUCCUUGCGUGCUUGACGACGGCAAUGAAGACGCUUGAAGACCAUCGAUGGCCACAAAAGCGCCUGGCAGCAGUAGGCGGCGUUAACGAUAUAGCUCUCAGUCGCUUAGAGCUUUGCGUCGAGUUCCUGCUUUCCUUUGACCUGCAAUUCCUGUCAGAGAGCCGACUAAAGGAGUCCACGGUCGCACUGCAGAAGGCAGGUCAGGCCGCUGUAAUGACUGCCAAAUUGCCAUCGUCAUUCAAUUUGAGAAUACCAAAGUUACGGAAGCAGUAG